GCGAAACUCCGUGUGCCGGGCAGAGAAGGGGAGGGAGGGAGGGGUGUGUGUGUGUUGGGGGAGAGGGAUUGCCCAGCUUUGGCCCGAGAACGGCAUACGAGCGAUGGACAGCAUGCAGGAUGGUUCUCCGUGCGCCUCGGGCCAGUGGCUGGCCGCUCUGCUGCUCAGUCUCUGCUGCUUGUUGCCCACUUGCCUCCCGGCAGCUCAGAGCGUGGAUUUCCCUUGGCCAGCUGUAGACAACAUCAUGGUGCGGCAGGGAGACACGGCCAUCCUCAGGUGCUAUCUUGAAGAUGCUGCUUCAAAGGGAGCGUGGUUGAAUCGGUCCAGCAUCAUUUUUGCAGGGAAUGACAAAUGGUCCGUGGAUCCACGGGUGUCUAUCGCAUCAGGCGGUAAACAGGAAUAUAGUCUGCAGAUUCAGAAAGUAGAAAUCACUGAUGAUGGCCCAUAUACCUGCUCCGUCCAGACCCAGCAUAAUCCUAAGACGUCACAAAUGCAUUUGAUAGUACAAGUUCCUCCAAAAAUUUUUGACAUCUCUACUAGCUCUGUCGUGAAUGAAUUCAGCAAUAUCACUCUGUAUUGUCUAGCAAGUGGAAAACCAGAGCCCACUAUAAUGUGGAAGCAUAUAUCGCCAUCUGCGAAAGAUUUUGACAGUGAAGGCGAAUACCUUGAGAUUACUGGCAUUACCCGGGACCAGGCUGGCAACUAUGAAUGUCUCGCAAACAACGAUGUAUCAUCUCCAGAUACGCGAACAGUCCACAUUACAGUCAAUUACCCUCCCGCAAUAAUGGAAAUUAAGAGUCCUGGAAUGGCACUGGGUAAAGCAGGAUUAUUGCGAUGUGAAGCUUUAGCAGUUCCCGCAGCAGCCUUUGAAUGGUACAAAGGAGACAAAAAGUUGGCCUCUGGUAGGCAGGGGAUUCAAAUCAAGAACUUCAGUACCAGAUCAAUUCUCACUGUUACCAACAUUACAGAGGAUCACUAUGGCAACUACACGUGCGUGGCUGCUAAUAAGCUAGGGACAAGUAGUGCCAGUCAUUUUCUACACAUGCCAACCACAGAGCAUUAUUGGACCACCGGCAGUGCCGAAAUUAUUUUAUCCUGGUGGUGCCUGGUGAUGGUAUUAUCCUGUCUGGUCAGCAUAUACUAG